AUUGUCGUGUCAGUCCACAGUGAGAGGCGCGGGCGUCGAACGCUGACUUGCCGGCCUCCAAAUACCAACCGACGUUCACCUUUGAACCUAAACAAAGAAAACUCGACCUUAGAUCGUUACGAUAAAGUCGCUUUUCAAAUCUCAACCGUUUUAUGGUGUAGUGACCCCGUUGCCGAAAACCAGUGAAUUCAGUGUUGUGAAAAUGAAUGAAGACAAUACAGUAUCGGACGAUAUGAAAAGGCAGGCUGCAAUGUUCUAUAACAGCACACAAAGAGAGCAGUCCAAAGACCAUCAGAUGUCAUGGUGCUUCUGGCGGCGGAGACGGCUGGUGGUAGCGAUACUGGCAUUCUUCGGGUUCUUCAACGUUUACGCGCUGAGGGUGAACCUGUCAGUUGCCGUGGUCGCCAUGACAGAACCUGUGGAGACUAAGCUGGAAAAUGGCACUAUUGUUUAUAUUCCAGAGUUUGACUGGAGCUCUCAAACCAAGGGUCUGGUGUUGAGUUCCUUCUUCUACGGGUACCUGAUCACGCAGCUGCCUGGCGGCUGGCUCGCGGCUAAAAUAGGAGGUAACAGGGUGUUCGCGAUAGGCAUUGGCGCGACAUCUUUGCUGACUCUUUUCACACCGCCGCUUGCGCAUACCAGUACUGCGCUCUUGAUUGCUGUUCGAGUUGUCGAGGGAUUAUUUGAGGGUGUGACAUACCCGUGCAUCCACGCAGUAUGGUCCCGCUGGGCGCCGAGCUCGGAGCGGGCUCGACUGGCAACCUUCGCGUUCAGCGGCAGCUACGCCGGCACUGUGGUGUCCAUGCCCAUAUGUUCUCUGUUAGCUCACUAUACUGGCUGGCCGGGGAUAUUCUAUGUUUUUGGUCUUUCGGGUUUAAUAUGGACGACGAUUUGGUGGCUCGUCGUAAAGGAAUCUCCUGAGAAAGACCCUCACAUCAGUCCUGCCGAACUUAAAUACAUACAGGACUCCCGCGGCACUCAAGCAGUGGAAGGCUCAAAGAUCCGUCACCCGUGGAAGGCGAUGCUAACAUCGGGGCCGGUGUGGGCGAUCGUCAUGGCACACUUCAGUGAAAACUGGGGCUUUUAUACGCUGCUUACGUUCUUACCUACUUUUAUGCAAGAUGUAUUCAAAUUCGAGACAUCACAAACCGGCUUCUUAUCGGCCGUGCCGUACCUAGCGAUGGCGAUAGUACUGCAAGUCGCCGGCCACGCGGCUGACUGGCUGCUACGAAGAGGAAUCAUGUCUAGGACUAAUAUUAGGAAGCUGUUUAACUGCGGGGCUUUUUUGUCACAGACGGUAUUCAUGGUAGCGGCGGCUUACUCGACUACUGUAACAGGGUGUAUAGUGUUCCUGACAAUUGCAGUCGGUCUCGGAGGAUUUGCCUGGUCUGGAUUCAGCGUGAACCACUUGGACAUAGCGCCGCCUCACGCCAGCGUGCUCAUGGGCCUGUCCAACACCAUCGCCACUCUGCCCGGCAUCAUCAGUCCGCCGCUCGCUGGAUCUAUUGUUACUGAUAAGACAGCAGACCAAUGGCGCAUAGUAUUCUUCAUCUCCAGCGCCAUCUAUCUACUCGGAGCUGCCGUGUACGGCGUCCUCUGCUCCGCCGAGCUACAGCCCUGGGUACUCGAGCUCGAUACCGACGCCAGCUUCGAUACCGAUGCCGACACGCUGUCAACGCCCGCCGGACUCGAUAACAAGGGGCUGGAGUACCAGAAUGAUAUGUAAAAGCAGGAAAAACUAUAAAAAUGACAAAACCUUUGAAGAAACCUACAAAAAUGGCGUUUUGAAUUCUAAAUUUUGUGUUUCUUAUGUUGUUAUCGGCUGAAUAGACACCUAUUUUGUAGGAUAAGCUAGUGAAAACAGGAAAAAUUACGCAUUAUUUAUCAAAAAUAUCAUUUCUGGCGUUUGAUCUUCACGCCAGCUUCGAUACUGACGCCGACACACUGUCAACGCCUGCCGGACUCGAUAACAAGGGACUAGAGUACCAGAAUGAUAUGUAACACCAAGAAAAAUAAUUAAAAUUGCGGAUGGAAAAAUUAUGAAUCACAAAAAUUAACAAACUUGGAAGAAAACUACAAAAAUGGCGUCAUAAGUUGCAAUUUUUUUUGGAUCUAUUUCGUAGGAUAAGUUAGUAAGAACAUUAAAAUGUAACAUUUUUUAUCAAAAAAAUCUCUUGGCGCCCUGUACUCCGCCGAGCUACAGCCUGGGUGCUCGAGCUCGAUACCGACGCCAGCUUCGAUACCGAUGCCGACACGCUGUCCACGCCCGCCGGACUCGAUAACAAGGGACUAGAGUAUCAGAAUUAUAUGUAACACCAAGAAAAAUGAUUAAAAUGUAGGAAGGAAAAAUGAUGAAAACUCGGAAGAAAACUACAACAAUUUACGGUGGAAAAUGAGUUGAAAAUUGUUGCAAUUUUUGUGUUUUUUUGCAUACCUAUGUUGUUUUCGUCUGAAUAGUCACUUACAUUCUAGGACAAGUUAGCAUGUACAGUAAAAUAUUGUGUAAUUACUACAUAUAAAAAAAUACGGAAAAAUGAUGAUCAAUUUUUUUUGAAUUUUCAUGUGAUUGUGUGCUUAUUUUUUACGUUAUUAUUGUUAAGCAAUGAUAAAAUAUAAUUUUUAAUUAAGACGUUUAAUUAAGUAUAUCAUCACAGUUAUCGGAUUUGAUCUUGACCACAAUUAUAAUUUAUCCUACUAAAAGUCACGCUGUAACGGCUGAACGGAUUUUGAUGAAAUUUUCCAAUAAAAGAGUUUAUU